AUGCCUUUUGGUGGGUUAGCAGGUUUGAAGGAACAGGUGCUUAAGCCUGGGAAGGAGGAAGUGAAGAACACAGUGGGUGACUCACUAGGAAAACUGCAAAGGAAAAUAGAUGGUAGCAAUGUAGAAGAAGAGGACAACAUUGAACUGACGGAGGAUGGGCGCCCGGUGGCCUCAGCACCACUUCCCGCCCCACUGCUGGACUGCAGCUGUGGCGGUCUGCCCAAGCGCUACAUCAUCGCCAUCCUCAGCGGCCUGGGCUUCUGCAUCUCUUUUGGCAUCCGUUGUAACCUUGGUGUGGCCAUUGUGGAGAUGGUGAACAACAACACUGUUUAUAUCAAUGGGACUCCUGUGCUUCAGAAAGCUCAGUUUAACUGGGACCCAGAGACAGUUGGUCUGAUCCACGGCUCCUUCUUCUGGGGCUACAUUGUCACUCAAAUCCCUGGUGGUUUCAUCUCCAACAAGUUGUUUGCCAACAGGGUGUUUGGGGCUGCCAUUUUCCUGACAUCAGUGCUCAAUAUGUUCAUCCCAUCAGCAGCAAGGGUACACUACGGUUGUGUCCUGUUUGUUCGCAUCCUGCAGGGCUUAGUGGAGGGUGUCACCUACCCAGCAUGUCAUGGGAUGUGGGCCAAAUGGGCACCACCUCUUGAACGGAGUCGCCUGGCCACAACUUCAUUUUGUGGUUCCUACGCAGGAGCAGUAAUCGCCAUGCCUCUAGCUGGAGUGCUUGUUCAGUAUGUCGGAUGGUCUUCGGUCUUCUACAUCUACGGUGUUUUUGGGAUCCUGUGGUAUGUCAUGUGGCUCCUGCUGGCAUAUGGAAGUCCUGCUGAGCAUCCCACUAUCACAGAGGAGGAGAGGACGUACAUCGAGACCACCAUUGGUGAAACAAUGCGCCAACUGAGUGUGACUGAGAAAUUCAAGACUCCGUGGCGUCGCUUCUUUACCUCCAUGCCUGUCUAUGCCAUCAUCGUGGCCAACUUCUGCCGCAGCUGGACCUUCUACCUGCUCCUCAUCAGUCAGCCGGCAUAUUUUGAGGAAGUCUUUGGCUUCCCCAUCAGCAAGGUGGGGCUCCUGUCCGCUGUCCCCCACAUGGUGAUGACAAUUGUAGUUCCUAUUGGAGGACAGCUAGCUGACUUCUUACGCAGUAACAAAAUCAUGUCUACAACGAAUGUGAGGAAACUCAUGAACUGUGGAGGAUUUGGUAUGGAGGCGACUCUGCUCUUGGUGGUCGGGUUUUCUCACACUCGAGGCAUUGCCAUCUCUUUCCUAGUUCUGGCUGUAGGAUUCAGUGGAUUCGCCAUCUCAGGUUUUAAUGUCAAUCAUUUGGAUAUUGCUCCUCGCUAUGCCAGCAUCCUAAUGGGCAUUUCUAACGGGGUGGGAACGCUAUCUGGAAUGGUUUGUCCUUUGAUUGUCGGAGCCCUGACUAAAAACAAGACUCGUCUGGAAUGGCAGCAUGUCUUUAUUAUUGCGUCCAUGGUGCAUUACUCAGGGGUCAUCUUCUACGCGAUCUUUGCUUCGGGAGAGCAGCAGGACUGGGCCAACCCUGAGAACAUCAGUGAGGAUAAAUGUGGCAUUAUUGAUGAGGAUGAGCUGGCUGAAGAGUCAGAGCUCAACAGCGAGAGCAUGAUGGCUCCCAAAAAGAGUUACGGAACCACAGACAAUUCAUCUGGUCGAAAACAGGGCUGGAAAAAGAAGAGAGGGGUGACUAUGCAAGAGGAGGAGGAACAUUGUGGGAAUGGCGACUACCAGGACCGGUACCAGUGAGACGUCCCGUGGGGCAAAGGACUUCCAAAAUAUCCAAAUCUGGUCACAGCUGAAGGUUUGAUGUCAGAAACAUUGGAGAAGUGACAGAAGCAGCAGCAUCAUAUUUACCUCAAGGUGGCCCUUUUUCAUUUUUGGUCAAUACUCCAGUUUAACUGUGAUGUACUGUAAUGUCCACAGAAAAUAGUUAUGUGUAAACACAACAUUAAAAAAGUCGAAUAGCUAAAAUCAAACAUAAUAUUUAUUAGAAGCCCAUUGGAGCAACACUAGAAAGAAAGAAACAUCAACAAAUACAGGAUAUAAUCACAACUAGAACAAUAGAUUCAAACUGACACAUACUAUAAAUUAAUAUGAUGAGUAUAAUGAAGCUAAACCAACAUUCAUGAAGAACAUCAGAAACACAUAUCAACUUUCAAACCUGACUUUACUUUUCCAGCAACCUGCGCUGAACGUACUCCGUCUGUGCAAGCAAACGCCGACUGAACUUAUAUGUACUGUGAACCAUGUGAACAGUUUUUGAAAUGUUUAGUGUCAGCUAUGCAACGUGAAAAGAGACGCGCUUCUGGAAUGUAAUAUUGGGUUUGAAAGCAGACCACGGUGUUAAUGUAACGAGCCUUAUUGUGUUUUUUGAUUAUUUGCCGUUGCUGAAUGAUUGCACUCCGUCACCGCUCAGCUCGAUCUCCUUGUCUGAGUAGGUCUUUGCUCACCAUCCAUUUGUAAUGCACUUCUUCCAGCAUUAUGUCAUUUCCGUCAUUUGUAGUGCUCUGAGCUCAUAAGGGGACAAAAUGGACGUUGCUUCAUGAAGCAUUUAGUGUAACUCUAUUUAUCCUUCUGGUGUCUAUCUUUUUAGCAAUUUCUCAAUGUUUGAUACAUGGAGGCCCAGUUUGGUUCUAAAAAUAAUGUACUAUAAUAUUUCACUUUAAUCAUAAAAGUGUAAAUUUACACUCACUGUUUAUCAGUACUGCUUAAGAAGAGAAAAUCUGUUUUGUACAGUAAAUUAUUAUCUUAUUGUUUGAGAGAGCAUUGAUUUGAUUUGCACUUUAUGUGAACACACUGGAGAUGUAAUAAACUGCAUUUCUACUCUG